ACUCGUCGUACGGGUUGCCCAGAAUUGGGGUCCGCUCGCCGUGCUAUCUCUUUCUCUCUCGGGCCAGCAGACCGGGGGGAUUCACCUCUAAGGCUUCCUUCAGCAGUGCGAGACCAGUGAAGGGUCCUCUGGUUCUACGCUAACUCCACCCUUUUCCCAGAGCAGAGGCUUCUGCCUUUAAGGGUUGACUAAUCUAAGUCUCUCUCUUCAUGACAACUUGACUAACAUCCUCUGCGUCUCAAAGUCUGACUUGGACUGGAAAGUAGAUCUCAUCCUCCUAGAAGUUUUCCUCCUGUAGAGCUGUAUUACCUUGUUUCCCAGAUAAAGCAAGAUGAAUCAGGAAAAGUUGGCCAAACUUCAAGCUCAGGUCCGAAUAGGUGGAAAGGGUACAGCUCGUAGAAAGAAGAAGGUAGUCCACAGAACAGCAACAGCUGAUGAUAAAAAACUUCAGAGUUCACUCAAAAAGUUGGCAGUCAAUAAUAUUGCUGGCAUUGAAGAGGUGAAUAUGAUAAAGGAUGAUGGAACAGUUAUUCAUUUCAACAAUCCCAAGGUCCAGGCUUCGCUUUCUGCAAACACUUUUGCAAUUACUGGUCAUGCUGAAGCCAAACCAAUCACAGAAAUGCUACCCGGCAUCUUAAGCCAGCUGGGUGCUGACAGCUUAACAAGUCUCAGAAAGUUAGCUGAACAGUUCCCAAGGCAAGUGUUGGAUAGCAAAGUACCAAAAUCAGAAGAUAUUGAUGAAGAAGAUGACGAUGUUCCCGAUCUCGUAGAAAACUUUGAUGAAGCAUCAAAAAAUGAAGCUAAUUAAUUCAUUAAUUGUUCUGGAAGUUGACAUGGACUAGAUUUAAGAAAUCAGCUGUGUGGUUCCAAAGUUUUACAGAAACAGUGAACAUUACCCAUUUAAUAGUUCAAUAAUAUAAAAUAUUUUGUAUUUUAAUUAUGCUGCUUGUUCAGCAUUUCCUGUCAGUUGAUUUUUGCAUUUUGCACUUACUCCCAGGAUCUACCUUUUUGGUUAAAAAGAUGAAAAAAGAUUUUUUUUUUCCAGUGCAGAUUAAGGGGUGUGUGCAUGUGUGUGGAUGUAUAUAUGUGGCUUUACGUACAGUGGAGAGGAAAUGGGAGAACAGUUAUGUUUUUACUUCCCUUCUCCUUCUAAAGUAGAAAUAAAACAAGUUUCUAACUUGGUUAAAGUAACUUUCCUUAUUCGUACCAACAGUUCACAUAAAGUAGUAAAAAGUGAGUUUCAUUCAUCCACAUUUCGUGAACUCCAAAUACUACUUGUUAAUUAAUAUUUGGGUUAAUUUUCUUGUAUUUGCAAAUGUAUUUCUCUUCCAUAUUGGCAAUACAUAUGUGCAGUUUCCCAUUGGCCGCCUUUUUGAUUCUAAAUUGUACCAAAGACAGGAUAUUAAACCUGUUUAUUGCAGCAUUUUUUAAAAAAGGAAACAUAAGAGCUUGUGCGUGUACUAUCUCUUUUUUUAAAGUUCCUUUCCACUUCACCCUUAAUAUUUCGAUUGUAUUAUGGGAUAAUCUACUUUGCCUUGGAUAAAAACACUAUUCUGUGAAAUUCUGUCUGUUUGGGUUGAGUGCGUGCCAUCCCUGCACCUAUGCUAUGACUUCGGUUAACCUUCAUAAGAGACAAACUAUAUGCUUGUUCAGGGUUGCUGGAAAAGACCACAAUAUCUGGCCAUGAUAGAGAUUGGAGAUUACAUAUAAUUCACUUAAAUUUUUCUCCGUGUUAUAGCACAGUGCUGGAUCCAGUGCCUUGUGAAUUUCUCCUUGGUAGAAUUAUCAGUCUUUCCAUUAGAGAGCUUUUUAAGGUGCUGAGUGGCAUUUGACCCUUUUCAUCACGGUUAAGCAGUAUGUUCUUCUCUUGACCUAUGGGCAUCUUUUCUAGUGGUAUUACUCAAUUUGAUAGAAGGGUAGCUAGCAAGUCUCAAAUCUGCUCAGAUUAUUAGUACAAAAUAGUAUAUCAUUGUGCAUGGAUCAUUUUUGUUAAAAGGCUUAAAACAGCUCUAGUGUUAUAAUUUAGCUCCUGAGCACGUGAGCCACUGCUGCAUUCCAGGACACUAGAAUCUGGAAGUGCAGUCUAGAUUAUAUAGAACAAACAAGAAAAGGGCCAUUGGUUGUGUUGUGUCUGUACAUAUUGCCCAACAAACAACUGAAAGCAUUAAUUUUGAGGAUUACAUCCCCUUGUCUUUUUACCUUUAUUGGCAUUCUAUUCUGGAGUGGGUGUGAUGGUUGCACUCACAUUUUAAAAAGAGAAGCUCCCCUUUGGGACAAUAUCACAGGUACACUGCAGUAUUUUCUGAACCGUCCUCUAAAAUGCUUGAUGUGAAGCUCUUCCCAGAGGUUCUUCAAAGGUGCCUGAUGUAAUCUUUGCAAUUGAGCAUCACUGUAACCUUUUGUCAAGGUCAGCCAUGGCUUGAAAAAGCCAUCUUUCUUAUCAGCUUACUUUGGUGUACUUUGGAGACAUAUCGGCUUUCUCUGUAGAUAUAUGCACCCAGCAACUAUAAAGUGUGAAGCUAUCAGUAUGUCAGCAUUCUACUGACAUCAAGCUGAACCACAAAAGCAGAGCUUAUUGUGGUUUGUCAUCUGGACUGCUCACUUGAUUUUAUAGACUUGUUUGGUUUUCUUGUUCUAUUUUAUAUAAUACAUGGAUCUUAAUAAAAUAAAUUCAAAAGAGGCAAUGUGCCCUUUUGUGUGUUGUCUCCUUAUCACAACAGCACUAAUAGAGGAACAGAAUGUGGAUGCUGGUGGUGCUUUAAUUAGCAAUACACUUGUCAAGCUACUUCUUUCAGAGAUGUAGGGGGGAAAUAAAAUGUUCUUGCAAAACUUACUCAGAGCCCUUAUAAUCCCACAAUGUUUCACUCCUCCCAUUUUUCUUCUUGGUUUCUGGGCAAGCAAUUGGGAAUAGCUUUUGCUUUUAAUAGUGCUAUAACUGCUCUCUGACGUCAUCAGCUUGUCUAAUGAGGAUUUGUUCUCUUUCUGUAGACUCAUGGCAAAUGGUAGACAUACUACCUUACAGUGCUAUUGUUGCUCCAUAAGACAGCAAAUGCACACCUUUUUUGCAGAGAAAUUUUAUUGACAAAUGUCAUGUACUAUGCCCCCUUUAAAAUUUUGGAAUUAGUGAAAGGUAAGAGCUUGGGAUAAGUUUUAAUUGCUUACUUACACACAUGCUAUUCACCUUUUGGUUGCCAAUUUAUUUGUAACUAUUGUUAUAUUUGGAAAUGCGCAAGUUAACUUACUUAGUCAUGUAUUCAUUUUUUUUAUUUUUACUGUAUGCAAAGAACUGUUGACCACUUAAGAUUUGUUGCUGGAGAACUAUAAAUUAUAGGACUCCAUUAAACUGAUGAUAGCUGAAAGUGUGAACUAUUAAGGCUCUUGUGAUAUUCCCCAAUUCUCUCUUGGUACUUCUCUGGGACUAACAGUCUCCUGUAGCAGACCAUCAAAAUAAGACCCCUGAUGCUAUGGAUGAAAUAGAUCUCAUCUGCACUAGGUAAUUAUUAAGAGAUGGAAAUUCAGUGUGUGGAGGUGAUAAUCUUACUAUUUCUUGAUUUGUCCAUGUCAAAUAUUUUAGUAAACAAUAGAAUUUGUAAACCUUAUCAAGUUUUUAUUAAUUUAAGUAGCAAUGUACUGGCACCUCUGAUACUAUGUAGUGUCUUGUAGGUUAAAUAUUAAAGCAAUUAAUUGAAUAUAAAAUAUGUAUCUUGAUUUUAGACAUGUUGAUGUUGAAGUAAGUCAUUGAUAUAAAUUUGAAUUUAUUUCUGAAUGUUUGCUUAGGAUUAUAGCUUAAUACAAUGAACCAUUUUAAAUGGGA